AACAUAUUAGCAAUAUACAACAAAACCGAGUGGUUCUGGCUGACCUGGAGCCCUGGACAAAGUACUGUGUCCAAGUCCAAAUCAAAACACAAAGGAACCUCAACCCCAGUAUGUCCAGCAGAACCGUCUGUGAAAGUACCACCAAUGAACAAGAAGCUCCUUGGGUGGCAGCAAUGCUGUCAUUUGUCUUUAUGGCAAUGGCAGUGGCUCUGGUUGUGAUUUCGGUGGUGUAUCGGAAAAGGAUAUCCCACUUUCUUUGUCCAAAAGAUUCACUGCCUCAGCACUUCAAAGAGUAUCUGCUGGCACCCCCCAACUCCAACAUCUACUUGGCCAUGCAGAAUUCCCAGCCACCUGAGGAGAUCUACCACAAAGUCAGAAUCAUUGCAGAUGACAGAACUGUGGAGGACUGAGGCCCUCUGGUGGUAGAAAUGACUGCAAGAGUGAUGACAAACAGUCUGAAGUCACAGUGUGGGGGAGACACUAGGAAGAAAUGAUCAGCCGCCAUUCUCUGUGUAUUGUAUUUUCAGAAUAUGAACUUGAAAGUCUGUAGACUGCCAUUUUGUGAAAUAUAUUGUCCAUACUUUUAAUUGCCUCAAGGUGGCAAUGUGUACGUUUUCUUAAUAAAUUUGGAAUUUAGUGGUGAUCUUUCUGUGAAGUUA